GACAUUCCGCGAUAGAAGUCGCAGUUUACGAGGAGACCCUGAAUGCAGCAAAAGACCGUUUACAAAGAGACAACCACCAACAUUUUGGAUCUCAAAAUGGUCCAGUGGCAGCUAUGAGUCAAAGCAGUCCCUGCCUGUGGACUCAGCUCCCCCAGAGCAGCCGGUCGCCAUGUGACCGCUACAAGCACGCCUGCUGCAGCCAUGAUGGGAACGUCUAUAUCCUGGGAGGAAGAAACAGCAGUGGUCUGAGGGACUUCUGGAGGUACAGUGUGGUUUGUAACGAUUGGACAGAGUUGAACUGCACCAGUGAAGCUGCACCAGAAGAACUAGAGGAACAUGCUAUGGUGGCUCAUGAGGGCUUCCUGUACGUGUUUGGAGGCAUCCUGGAUUCUGCAUACACGAGGUGGAGAUGUCCCCUCUGGGUGUUUGACUUUGCAAAACAGAAGUGGGUGCACUGCCAGAGGCAGCCCCGCCCAGCUCAGACCCAAAUGCCAACCAACAGAAAAGCCCACAGUGCUGUGGUUGUCGGCUCGGCCAUGCUGGUGUAUGGAGGCUUUGUAGACAUGAAAGGAUCCUCGCAGGACUUCUGGAGUUUGGACUUGGAUACCAUGGCUUGGUCCCUGCUGAGUGGCCCUCAGCAGAGCUCAUUAGGCCCCGGCCCCAGACACAGUCACUCAGCCGUGGCCAACCAGAGCUGCAUGUACCUGUUUGGGGGCUUGAAAGGCUUGCGUGAGCAGAGGGACUUCUGGAAGUGGAAUUCCACCAGCCACACGUGGAGUUCCCUCAAAAACAAAUCCGGGCCCUCCAGGCUGAUGGGACACUCGGCUGUGGCCUACAAGGACAGUAUGCUUAUUUUUGGGGGAGGCGAGAGCCAGAACUCUCCAAAGAACUGCCUGUGGAGGUACAACUUCACCACGCAGAGCUGGGGGCAGGUCGCCACACUCCCGGGCUCCAAUCCCCCCGACAAGAUCCACCACUGCUGUGCUGGGCUUGGUCCCAGCUACAAGUCCAACAGCAGCAGCUCCAGCUCAGGAAUCCAACCGGGGCUGCUGGGAGGGAAACUGAGGCCCUUCAAGAACAAGUGCUUCCCUGCCCCACUCACGUUUCUAGGCUCAGAGGGCGCUAUAGAGCUGGAGACGUUCAGCCCGGACCGAUGCUACGGAAGCAAAACACUCGCACCAUCCUCCAACCUGGACACCAGCACAGAGGGCUUGAUGGGGACAGACGCACAGCGGAUUGGAAACUGUUUGACCUUUGAGAACAAGUCUUUCAGGACCCAGUGGAGUCCUACGGAGGACCCGCUGGACGAGGAGGACCAAGAUGUCGACCAGCAUCUGCCCGAUCUGCUGCUGGUGCUGGGGGGGAGACCCUGCACCAGACACAGUCCUAUCUCCAUCUGGCAAAUGACUCUGACGGACUCCUAAAGCCGAAGAACAAAAAUCGUUAUGAACAUCUUGAGAAAUGUGAAAAAUAAAGCAUCAGUGUUAGAUUAUCACUUUGAGGGGAUACUGACAUUCUGUGUAAAGAAAAUAACUACUAUUUUUAUAAUACUGUCACUUUGGUGGAUUUUUUUUUAUGUUGUUUUUUUUAAUGUUGUGAAUACAUACUUUUCCUUUUUGCUAUACUGAAAUUGGGGAAAUUAAAGUGAGCACAGACCAUGCUGUGACUCGAUUUCAAGCUUUCACUGUCUGUAGUAGCCCGGUGAGGGAACACCAUGGGGAAUGAGCCUAUGGCCCAACAUUACUUUCAGGAACACAUCUAAACAUUUUCUUUAUUUCUAUUUCUGUAAAUGUUUGGAUCAGAUCCAGAAAAUGCACCUGCAGUUACCACUUAUCACCAGAGGAGUCGCCAAAGAGACUGGAACGGAGAUCUUUCACCUCAUACAAAAGAGGAGUCUGGUGACCAUGAACUGUUUCUGUUGUCCUGUUUGUGAGUUCUAUACACACACACACACACACACCAUCAUACUGCCUCAAACUCACUAGAGCACCAAUCGUGUAUUAAUCCACAGCUGAAAUCUCACUUUAGGUUAAUUGAUGACUAAAUUGCUCGUAUAGGUGUGACUGAGUCUGAGUUGUACGUCUAGACUAGGAAACGGAUGGUUUUGGUCUUUUUAUUUGUUGACUAAAAAACUUUUACAACAUAUGUCUAUUGUAGCGCUUUAUGUAAGAAAUAUGAUACCUACAAUUUAUUUGAUGUAUUAAUAACACAUAAUUCAGCAUUUUCAUAAUCAUUGCUGCCAUUAUUCAUAAAUAAGUAAUACAGAGUUAUUUUCAAACAAAUCCUCCUGUUAUUGUCAGUGAGCAUUCAGCUCUCAUACAAAAAUAACGCUUUCUGAAACUAGUGAUAAAGUGCGUGGUUACAAUAACACACAAUUCUGAGCUUGGAUGUCCACGCAGAGUGUGUUAUCAUACCUACUUUGCCUCAUGAUUCUGUAGUGUUAUGUGGAAAAUUAAUAAAAGAGGCAGUCGUA